CCACAUUCCCAGAAAGUUUAGGAAUAAAACCAUAAUUUAAAAUAACUAACUUUUCAUUAGGGUUACUUAUCAUCCCUCAAAUUCGACUUCCUCACACCCUCGAACUCAUCAGCGGCGGAUCUUCGACCUGCAAUCAUGCCUUCACACAAGACUUUCAAGAUUAAGAAGAAGCUUGCGAAGAAGAUGAGGCAGAAUCGCCCCAUUCCUUAUUGGAUUCGCAUGCGCACUGACAACACCAUCAGGUACAAUGCAAAACGCAGGCAUUGGCGUCGUACCAAGCUUGGCUUUUGAGGUGCUUGUCAUCAUCAUCAUACACAAUAUAUUUCACUCUUAUUUAUGCAAUUAUUUUUGCAGUUUUAGAUUGGAAUGAGGUUUCAUAUUUUUUUGAUUUAACAAUAGCAAUUUUGGUGGUGAUACAUUAUUUUGACUGUUUAUCUAUAAGCAAAACUGUUUUUAUA